AUGAGGAGACCAACCCUUCAUGGAAAUGAGUUUGUCUCAGCAGAGCACAUACUACAAGCAGCUCUAGAAGAUGGACCCAUAGGGUUCAUGCUGUUGGAGGAGCCACCAUCAUCACUCCCAGCCUUUGGUUUUGUACCUACAGGCACAGACAAAGGAGUAGAGAUGGAGGUAGAGGUGGACAAGGUGGUGACAGCUGCAGACAUACCAAAGCCAUACCAACACCUACUCUGUGUGGACUACCAAGGUCUCAAUGAGAUCACUGUCAAGAACAGGGCACCACUGCCCCUCAUCGAGGAGCAGCUGUUCUUACUCAGGAAGGCAAGGAUCUAUACCAAGCUAGACCUUAGAGCAGCAUACAACCUCAUCCAGAUUGCUAAAGGAGAUGAAUGGAAGACAGCUUUUGGCACUCAGUUGGGACUCUAUGAGUACCUAGUGAUACCCUUUGGCCUAGCCAAUGCUCCAGCUCACUUCCAGUCAUUCAUCAAUGACAUCUUCCGAGACAUCAUUGGAGUAUAUGUAGUGGUAUACCUAGAUGACUUCCUGAUCUUCAGUGACACUGAAGAGGCACAUGUGAAGCAUGUCACCAAGGUCCUCACUCACUUAAGGAGCAACAGGCUCUUUGCUAAGCUGUCGAAGUGUGAGUUUCACACCAAGAUAGUCAAGUUCCUGGGGUACAUCAUCAAGCCAACAGGUAUAGAGAUGGACCCAGAAAAGGUGCGCACUGUCAAGGAGUGGCCAAUGCCAGAGUCAAUCCAUGACAUCCAGAGGUUCCUGGGUUUUGCCAACUUCUAUCGAAGGUUCAUAGCCCACUUUGCUUGCAUAGCCAAGCCCUUGACAUCACUGGUAAAGCCUACAGAACGAUUCAAGAAGUUUGAGCUACCAGAGGAGGCCCAGCAGGCCUUCCACAAGCUCAUCCAGGCAUUCACAUCAGCAGGAGUGCUUCAGCACUUCAACUACCACCUUCCAACAAGGAAGAUGUCUUCUGCUGAGAAGAACUAUGAGAUCCAUGACAAGGAGCUCCUAGCUGUGGUCGCUUGCCUUACUCAGUGGCAACACAUGCUAGCUGGACUACCAAGUCAACUGGUCAUCCUCACUGACCAUGAAGCCCUCAAGUACUUCAAGUCACAGAGAUGCAUCACAGGUCGACAGGCUCAAUGGGCAAUACUACUAGCAGAAUUCGACUUCAUAUUGCAGUACCGACCAGGAGACAAAGGUGGUGAACCUGAUGCUCUCACCAGAAGGAUGGACAUGCAACCAGCUGGUGAAGAGCAGGAUCACAAUGUGAGGCAACUACUGCCUCCUCGAGUGUUCAAGGAGACAGCAGACCAUGACUCGACCCUAGUGGCCCCUAUGCUCUUGAUGGAGUCCAUAGCAUCAAAGGGUCUCAGAGACCUGGUCAAGAUCUUCCAGCCCUUAGACCAAGAGCUACAGGAGAUACAUAUGAAGAAGCCCUUCGAGCUCAAGGACGACCUAUGGUACAGUGGAGGAAGUGCCAAAGAGGUAGAUGGACAGUCUCUCUCUGUAGAGCACCUGCGAUUCAUGGUGAUGACUCAAUGCCAUGAUGGCAUCACUGCUGGACAUGUGGGGAGAGAUGCUACCAUCAAGGCAGCCCAACGACAUUACUGGUGGCCAAACAUGACAGCUUGGAUUGCAGACUAUGUAGCAAGUUGUCCUGUAUGUGCUAGGUACAAAGCUCCUCGUCACCAUCCAUAUGGUUUGCUACAGCCAUUAGCAACACCAGACAGGCCCUGGGGCUCCAUAUCCCUCGACUUCAUCGAAGGACUACCACCAUCAAAGAAGUAUGACUUCAAGACCUAUGACUCUAUCUUAGUCAUUGUUGACAGGUUAACCAAGUUUGCCAUACUAGCUCCAACCCAUAAGACAGUCACAGCCAAACAGACUGCAGUGUUGCUAUACAGACACAUGGUUAGACUUUUUGGAUACCCAGAUCACAUGGUCUUGGACCGAGGCAGGCAGUUCAUAUCAGGAGCAUGGAAGGCAUUCACAGAACAAAUGGGUGUGAAGCACUCACUUAGCACAGCCUACCUUCCUCAAACUGAUGGUCAGACAGAGAGGGUCAAUCAGGUCAUAGAGCAGUACCUAAGGAUGUACUGCAACUAUGAGCAGAAUGACUGGGCUGACCUGCUGGACACUGCAGCCUUUGUAUACAACAACACAGUCCACAACAGCAUUGGUGUCUCACCAUUCUUUGCAUGCUAUGGAUGGAACCCCAAAGCUCAUCCUGACAUCCCUCAACAACUAGGAGUCAAUGAUCCAGGUUGCUUCGAGUACCUCAUGGAUGGAAAGGAGCAUUGCAAGUACCUCCAGGAGCAGAUCAGAGAGGCACAACAUAGAUCAGUAGACCAGUAUAACAGGAAGCACAAGGACAUCGAGUUCAAGGUGGGUGAUAUGGUCUAUAUCAACCGUCGAAACUGGAAGACACGGAGACCCACACCCAAGUUGGAUACCCGGUUUGCAGGACCCUACCCAGUUCAGGAACGGGUAGGACGCCGAGCUUAUCGGAUCACAUUGCCAGCAAACCUUAGGGUGCAUGAUGUGUUCCAUGUCUCCAUGCUCGAACCAGCAAGAACAAGUUCUCUUCCUCAACGAGCUGAACAGCCCACCAUACCAUCACUUCCUGAUGAGGACCUCAAUUUCAAAGUCAAAGCACUCAUUGACAAGCAUUCACAUAAUGGGACUACAGAGUACAAAGUGUUGUGGAGAGGGUACUCAGAAGAAGCUGCUUCAUGGGAACCAGUAGAGAAUCUCAACUGCCCCGACCUCAUCCAGGAGUAUGAGGUGUCGGAGGGGGGACGAGCGAGUAGACAGAGUAGAGAGAGGAGGAGAGAACAGGAGGAAUAG